AUGCUGGCCCAACAGGGUGUCAGCCAGGUUGUGGUUCAACCCUACCUGUUGGGCAACGGGAAACACGCCACGCUGGAAAUGGAAGAGGUUUUGGAGGACAUUGCCGAGGCGGCUCCGACCGUCGACGUGUACCUGGCCGACGGCCUCGGCGCCGACCUGCGCAUCGCCGAUCUCGUGCGCGACCGCAUCGCCGCGUUGCCCGAAGAGGCUGCCCGCCCGGUGGACGACCGGCCCGUGGGCGUACUCAUCGUCAAAGCCGGCACUCAAACCAGAUACGACGAUUGCAUCUGGCUCAAGGAAUUGGGCAUUUGGGUCGAACAGGACCUCGGCCUCGAUUUCGCCGUGUCCGUGGCUCAAUCCCACUACGGUGACCCCACGAUGGAGGACGCCGUUGCGCAACUGGUAAACGACCGCAAUAUCGGCAGCCUCAUCUGCGUGCCCUACGUGUUUUUCCCUGGACUGAUCCUGCAGCGCAACGUGCUGGGCACCAUGCGUCAGCUGCAAGAAAGCUACCCGGACACACCGAUGUGGGUGGCCCCGCCUCUGGGGGUAGAUGACCGGCUGGUAGCCGUAGCCGGCGAUCGGGUGCGGGAAGCCCAACUACGCCUGUAA